CUCAUUUCCCCUUCUAUUACUCAACAAGCCUGCUUCUCUACUAGAGAUUCGGGCAAGAAGACCCAGUGGAAACAGGCCAUGGAUGAUUUAGAUGCUUUAUUGGCAGAACUGGAACAAACCACAGAGAGCCUGAGUUUGAAUGACUCAGACCCAAAUGUUUGCUUUCUUCUGGAGCGCGACAACAAACCAAAACCAGUGGCAGCAAUAACAGAAAGCCAUCCUACCCAACACCCAAAAUCAACACCUCAAGAAGCCAAAAAGGUAGAACCAGCACCCAAUGUUCAAACCCAUAAAGAAGAUGCAGGUAAUAUUUACAGCAAAAUUUUACCUCCACAGCAAACAUCUUCUACCUCAAUUGCUCAGGAACUGGAUGAUCUUUUGGCUUGUUUAGGAACAAUCCAAUCCAAGGUUUCAGAUGACCUGGCCUCCUCUGGCCAGUCAACAUCAGCAGAAGGGAAUACCACUGACAACCUAGACAGCAUGUUGAAGAGUUUGACUGAUGAUAUGCAGGACCUUGGUGUUACUACUGUGCCGAAGGGCAACUGUGCCUUUUGCCACAAACCUAUUGCUGGAAAGGUGGUUACAGCUCUGGGAAAGAUAUGGCAUCCUGAACACUUCACAUGUGCUCAUUGUGGAACAGAAAUGGGUUCCCGGCCAUUCUUUGAGCGGGACAACAAAGCUUACUGCCAAGAAGACUACCAUCAGCUCUUCUCUCCUCACUGUGCUUACUGUACUGCGCCUAUCAAAGAGAAAAUCCUAACAGCUAUGGAUCAGACUUGGCAUCCUGAGCAUUUUUUUUGUGCACAUUGUGGGACUGUGUUUGGUGAUGGUGGUUACCAUGUGAAAGAUGGAAAGCCAUACUGCCAGAAAGAUUUCCAAAGCAUUUUUUCUCCCAAAUGCAGAGGCUGUGAUCGUCCUGUGAUGAAUCAAUAUUUGUCAGCUCUGAAUGCUGUAUGGCACCCCGAAUGUUUUGUAUGCAGGGAUUGUUGCUGCAGUUUUACUGAUGGUUCUUUCUUCGAACUAAAAGGCCAGCCCUACUGUGAGCUUCACUUCCACCAUCAUCAGGGAACCGUGUGUCACGGUUGUGGAAAACCAAUUGUUGGGCGGUGUGUCAGUGCCAUGGGGCACAAGUUUCACCCAGAGCACUUUGUUUGUGCCUUUUGCCUUACUCAGUUGCACAAUGGUAUUUUUCAGGAGCAGAAUGGUAAAACCUACUGUCACUCUUGCUUUAAAAAACUCUUUGUUUAACUUAAAAGUAUGUGAAAUAUUAAGACUAUAAGCCUCAGGACAAUUCCUUGGCAUAUAGAGCUUCCUGAGAUUUUCUCUUGAGUAAAAAAAAAACUCCACCAAAUUAGGCAACAUUAAAUAUUAUAGCACACUAUUACACUUUAAUGUUUUCAAAUUAAUCAGCUGUUAGGCAUGUACCUUUUGUGUUGAACUUAAAUAACUUUACUAGAAUUCAUUAUCUGGGUAUUUGUGAUUUUUAGAAAUAUUAAGAGCAGCUUCUCUCUCUCUCUCUCUCUCUCUCUCUCUCUCUCUCUCUCUCUCUCUCUUCCCCCCCAUACACACACACACACACACACACACACACACACACACACACACACAUUAAAAUGAAAAAAAAUAGUAGCUCUUCUUCUCUGAAAAGUUUUUUGAGUUUUUUUUCAACAAGUUGGUUUUUUAACUAAUACAUAUUCAUCUGCAGAAAUAUCUUUCAUUAUUUCUAUAACUUAUGUAACUAAUAGCAGAAACCUAUGUUAUCUUGAAGUAGAUAAGCUGCAAAUUAUAGAAAAUCUUUCAAAAGUCACUUAGGCUUACUUCCUGAUCAGGAUGGAUACAACUGUUCCGAGUAGGAUAAUCUCAUUUAAAAUUGUAUUUAGAUGACAAGGGGAAGAUAUACCAAUGCAUCUUGAAAUCAAUAGCUUUUUAAUGCUAGACUUGUGCAAAAUUGCAUUACAGAUGCAAGUAUAGUCUGUGGAGUAAACGAUGUGGAAAGGGUGUACUUCUCCCUGUGCUACACUACAUCUUGGCCAUCUGAUUCUGUUCAUUCUGAUUGGCUCAGGCAGCAGAGUUCCAUUAAGGUAUCUUUUAUAUAAAUAGCUCAUCUCUCAGGGUUAGUAUCAUAAUGCCCUAGCAAAAUCAGUCAUCUAUCUUUUUAAUCUGCUAAAUCUUAUGUACAGUAUGUAUGCAAGCAGCCUCUUGCCAGAUUAUUUGAAUAUUCAUCCUCCCCUUAAUCUUCUUAAGUUGUCAUACACACUGAUGAAGUAUGUCUUUGUUAUCUUCGUUUCUAAACAAUUAAAUGAUACACAAAGAACAAUAAAUUUUAUUUUCUUGUU